CUUGAAGUUUUCUAUCCGGUAUGAAAACACAAUUUAUAAGCAACAGAAAGGAAACUUGUUCUGAAUGUUGAACUAACCAUGAAAGUUAAAGGUUUUCUCUCCCUAUUUCUCAUUCUUCUGCCGGUCUCAGCGGUUCAUAAUGAAGAUUCUGUGGAGGAUUGGGCUCCUCUUCGCCGGAGUAGUUUUCCGGCAGGUUUUAUAUUUGGGACUGGCUCAUCUGCUUACCAGUAUGAAGGUGCAGCAAUGGAAGAUGGCAGAGGACCAAGCAUAUGGGAUACCUUCACUAAGAAAUACCCCGAUAAAAUAAAGGAUCACAGUAAUGGAGACGUAGCCAUUGAUUCAUAUCAUAGAUACAAGAUUGUAUUUGAUCAGGAAGAUGUGGCUACAAUGAAAAGCUUAGGCUUUGAUGCUUACAGGUUUUCCAUUUCAUGGUCGAGAUUGUUACCGCGCGGCCAUCUCAUCGGAGGAGUAAAUCAAAAAGGCAUUGAUUACUACAACAAUCUCAUCAAUGAACUCUUGGCUAAUGGAAUCCAACCUUUUGUGACUUUAUACCACUGGGACCUUCCUCAAGUUCUUGAAGAUGAAUAUGGUGGUCUUUUAAGCUCUAAACUUGUGGAUGAUUUUCGUGAUUAUGCCGAGUUAUGCUUCAGCAAGUUUGGCGAUAGAGUAAAGCACUGGGUCACCUUCAAUGAGCCAUUAACUGUUGCUACUGAUGGGUAUACUAAUGGUAAAAAAGCACCUGGGAGAUGUUCAAACUGGCUCCCUUUCAAUUGCACUGGUGGUGAUUCAAGUACUGAGCCUUACUUAGCAGCACACAAUCAACUUCUUGCUCAUGCAGCUGCAGUUAAAGUGUACAGGGACAAAUACCAAAUUUCUCAAAUGGGUCAAAUUGGAAUUACCAUAAACUCUGAAUGGCUUCUACCCAUGACUGAUUCAAUUAGUGACUUGAAUGCAGUAGCUCGAGCAAUUUCUUUCGAAUACGAUUGGUUCAUGGAACCAUUGAAGUCUGGUUCUUAUCCUGCUGAUAUGGUUGCUUAUGUGGGAAAACGAUUGCCUCAAUUUUCUGAAGAUGAAUCCUUGUUGGUUAAAGGAUCUUUCGAUUUCAUCGGAGUAAACUAUUAUACAUCAAAAUAUGCAACUAAUGUUCCCUGCAAAACUGAAAACUUGAGCUACUCCACCGACUCUUGUGUCAUGCGCACACCUGAUCGGAAUGGGAUUCCCAUUGGUCCAAGGUCAGGAUCAGAAUGGCUUUACGUUUAUCCAAGAGGAAUUCAUGAUCUUUUGCUCUACACCAAGAACAAGUUUAAUGAUCCUGUCAUCUAUAUAACUGAGAAUGGAGUUAGUGAGCUUGAUGAUACUGAUAGGAUAAUGCUUGAGGAUGACUUAAGAGUAGAUUACUUCAACAACCAUCUUGCAUUCAUCAAGAAAGCAAUUAUGAAAGGUGUGAAGGUAAAGGGAUACUUUGGAUGGUCACUUCUAGACAAUUUUGAAUGGGAUGAUGGUUUUGCAGUUCGUUUUGGAAUGGUGUAUGUAAACUACAAGGAUGGAUUGGAAAGGUCUCUAAAAAAAUCAGCCAUGUGGUUCAAGGAAUUUCUUCAUUCUGGGAACUACUCUCAAUUAGCAGCAUUUUGAAAGACUAAAAAACACACAAUAUGAAGAAUUUCAGAAUUAAUAUGAGCUUCUUAUUAACUGUUUUCUCAUUUUGA